AAAAUCCAACCAUUCUUUACUCAUCCCUUGUCUUUCCUCUCCCUCUUUUACCAAUGUAGCUCCACUUUAGUUUUAAUUAGUUGUAACAAAAAUAGUCAGAAAAUGGAUAACGCUUUGAAAAAUAAUAAUUCUAAUAGGAGAGAACUAAAGUGUAGUCUAUGUGACAGGGAGUACAAAACGACAAAGUCAUUAAAGGACCACAUGAACAAAAGCCAUGAAAAUGGGGGAAAGUUUGUGUGUAGCAUGUGCAACAAUAAGUUCGACACGAAAUUUUUAUUAACGCAACACAUGAAAACAAAAAAUUGUGUCAGUAGUCAGAAUGAAAAUUCAAAAGGUAAACGGAAAAUAAAAUGUAAGUUCUGCGCUGUGACUUUCGAAAAACAGACUGCUCUAACUCUACAUUCAAGACGUGAACAUUAUGACGCCGUAUAUAAGAUAAAGUGUCCUAAUUGUGACAAAAAAUUCCCCAAUCAGGCUGGUUUAAGGACACAUAACAAUACUUAUCACACUUUGACUGGGAAAAAAAUUGCCCACAUUGUCCAUUUUCUACUGUAAACAUCUGUAACUUGAGGAAACAUAUUGCCAACAUACAUUCAAAGAAAGUCACCAAAGAAGCGGAAGAGAGGAAGAAGCAACUUUCACCUGCACAGAUAAAUCUCGAAAAAUACCGUCAAUACAAAGCAAAUCCCGGUGAUAAAAUUGUUUCAUGUGCCAUAAUAAAAAGUGAUUACUAUUUGAAGUUGAUUAAACAACAGUUCAAAAAUCUUGAACUUGUUCGGCGUGAGACGCCAGUCGUUUUUGAUGAAGUGGGUGGACAACGCCAUUCGCCAGGGUGGGGGUAUACGUCUAAGGGGAAGGACUCAGAUAUUUCCUAUGUCCAACUCACACAAGAGGAACAAGUGACUUGUAAGAAGAUAUUUGGAUACAUAUGGCGAGAUGGAGUGACUUUUGAGAUCGUGGAUGUCUACUUUGGCCUGAGCGAGGAAGAUUCCAAAGUAGCAGCAGUAAAUAAGUGGAAACUACUUAUCCAAAACAAAGAGAAGGGUUGUACAGAUAGGACUCUGUUCAAGAACGGGUAUUUCUUCGAUUCAGAGGAGGCGUUUGAGGUCACAGGGAUGGUGGCAACAUCGAAGUGGGUCGCGGGGCAGCUAAAGUGGUUCACGCGUAACGAAACUGGAUCGAUCUGUUCUGUCAAACCAAAGGAGUGCUACGUCUGGCUCGCUAAAUAUUUGGAACAACUCCGAGCUGCCUUACGAUCAGUUAAUGACCUUUGGCUCGACCCAGCCGCCACUGUUCAAUUAGACGACAAAGAGGAGCUACUCCAGGCUAGACAAGAUAAGAUUUCAAUCCUCAUGGCGGAAAAUUCUAACCUGGCGGCGAAGAUCUCUCGUUUGCAAUCAUGGAAGAAGAAGAGACAACAGGCCAAAAACGUUAACCGAUUACUUCUGGUGCAGAGAGGGCGACAAAGUUCAACUGGAGACAUUCCGUGCUUUAUUCCUGUGACUUUUAAAGUGAAUGGGGACGUAAACUUGGAUCAAGAAAGUGAACCCAACUUCGACAUAUUCAGUGAGAAAUCAGCACAAGAAGAAGAGUCGAGCAGUGAUGAUGACGACGAUGGCGUCGAGUAUGCAAGAGUCCCAUCAGUUUCAGAUCUCAUCAGCGUUGUCACGAAAUCGCUUGACCGUUCUGAAUCCUCUACCGAAACUAGUCGUAAUGGUGCUAAUCCAAAUCAAAAGACUGACCAAUGUGAUGAAAAGACUAAACUUAACCGGAAAGUGUUCGUCGUUAAACUAUGUGAUUAACUAUUUGUCAUUUUUUAUAUAUUAUUAAAUGAACUUGUUACGGUGCUAUUAUUAUCCAAAUAUUAUAAAUUUAUGAAUUUGUUGUCAAAAUAAAACAAGCAUUGAUUGAUUUAUGAUAUAUAA